AUGCAGGCUAUAUUUAAGACGAGUAUUGCCAGUUGACGAAAACAUGAAAAAAAAACGAUUUCAUAUAGGCUAUUUCAUUUUUUGUUUACAGGCGAAAAAUGAGACUCCAUUCCACGUCUUACUAUUAUCUUCAACUAUAAUUUCGAAGGAAAGUAGGAACCGUUCUAGCGGAUGGAUACAACAGCAACUGCUAUGUAAUAGGACAGGAGAUCUAGAGAACAACCGUGGAAGCAAAAAAAAAAAAAAAAAAGGUCGUUGGAAAAUUAGAAAGUAACAUUUUGUCGCAAAAAAACAACAUAUUAAAACACGAUUUAAGCAAGGCCACUCGCUGACACGUCCGGAAGGCGCGCGUCACAUUCUUCCAGAGGAAAAGCGAAGCGAUACAGUGAACAUCGUUGGAGUCUCGAGCAGACAAAAAGCACAACCCCCAGUCCUGCCGCGGUCUCCAUUUUAACUCCUUGCCCGGUCUGUACCUCACGUGUCCUGGACUGUCUUUCUCACAUGACCCGUGUGUUUGUCCCCGUGAUCAGUACUUCCAUCUCCGUAUAUCAGUGUCGCUGAAUAUCACAUUUUAAACUGUAACCUUCAUGGAUAUGCUUGAACAGAGUUUGGACAGCUCUACGAGUCACGAGAAACAAGAAACGGAGGAGGUUGUCCACUUACAAGAAGAGUCAGUAGGUGCGGAGGAGCACACAGCAGUAACCAUCGCGAGCGUUCAGCAGGCCGCAGCUUUUGCAGACCACAAUGUCCAGUACCAGUUUCGUACAGAUGCUAGUGGAGGGCAGGUGACCUACCGGGUGGUCCAGGUCACAGAUGACCAGCUCGAGGCUGCUGACAGCAGCGGAGCAGUCAGCGUCGUCUCCACCGCUGCGUUUGCUGGAACCCAACAAGCUGUGGCUCAGGCUGUCAUUCAGAACCCCUUCAGUAACGGUGGCAGCCCAGCCGGAGACGGCGUGGGGGGGGAGACACGCUUCGCCUACUUCCCAGCCGCCACAGUCAGCGACGGAACAGCCGUCUCAGUCCAGGCGACCUCUGACCCCACACUAACUCAGGCUGGAGGACAGUUCUACGUGAUGAUGAGCCCUCCUGACGUGUUACAGGCCGGUACGCCCCGGACCAUCGCCCCUCGCACACACACCUACACCGCAGACCUUGGUGAGAGCGAGAUGCUGCAACAUGGCAGUUCAAACUGGAAGAUGGACGGGCCAAGAGCUCCCCGGGAUGAGAGGAGACGAGCGCAGCACAAUGAAGUUGAGAGGCGGAGAAGAGACAAAAUUAACAACUGGAUCGUCACUCUGUCAAAGAUCAUCCCAGACUGUAACAUAGACAGCACUAAGACGGGAGCAAGUAAAGGAGGGAUCCUGUCGAAGGCGUGUGACUACAUCCGGGAGCUGAGACAGAACAACCAGCGUCUGCAGGAGAGCUUUAAAGAGGUGGAGAGAGUCCAGAUGGACAACGAUCUGCUCAGGCAACAGAUUGAGGAGCUGAAGAACGACAACGCCCUGCUUCGAGCGCAGCUCCAACAGCAUGGCAUAGAGAUCAACGGAGACGCAUCAGCACAGUGAUCCUGGACACUCACAAUGUGGCUCACACUCACACAACCUUAUAUUGUUACUAGGGCACUGAAAAGAAACUUUUACAAAAAAACAAAAAAAACAUUGCUGUACAUUUAGAAUUGCGUCAUCCAAAAUAAACAGACACACACAUGCAAGCACACACACACACACAGGGGAUGUGGAGAGGAACGUUUGAGCCUCCACCUCCAACACGACCCUCCUUCUCUUCUAAACCGGGAAAACAAUUCUCUGCCGCUGACUGAGUUUCUGUCACCUCGGUUCAAAGGAAAACCUACAAUUCAAAUCCUGUUUUAGUUCACAUUAUGGACUAAGAUACUUUGCAUUAAAACAAAAUUGUCUUGUUAUAAUUCUGUUAUCCUACAGCAGAUUUCCUUUUGCUUUCUCCCGCGUUUGUUGUGAGUGAUAACUACUGUCUGAAAUGAAAGAAUUCCUUUUUUGUUGAUUUAAUUUAUUAGUUUACAUGUAUACAGAAAAAAACGACAGUUGCAGUUGCUCAUAGUGCAAAUAUAGGGCUGAUAUCUGCUGUGCCAUCUUUUUUUCCUUCUCUUAGAAAUGACUAACAUUGAAAAAUCAGGUACCUUCAUCCAUGUGUCUCUCUCUAAGGCUGCUUCAUUGGAAAUUGAGAUCAAGAGAAUGAUGAUUAUCAGGCCUUUCUGUCCAUUAGGGUUUAACGUCCGUGAUUACAGAGCCUGGUCAUUUGCCUAGUCCCAGGUGGUACUUGCGGACUGUUUAGCGUUUGUAGGAAUUAGUCUAGCUCAGGUCUUUGGAAGAGUUCAGUAGCAGUGGUUCCCGAAUUAAUUGUAUGUUUUAUUUCCCCCCUUUCUGAAUUCUUUAUGGUUUUUGUGUAUCCCUCGACACAUAAAGAGGCACCUGUAUAUCUGUUACAGUGCGUUAAAUAAGUGGAUUGGGCAUUAAAUCAUGAUGGCCAUCUUAUGGUCAUAAAUCACUGAUUGAAUACACUAGCCUAUGUAGAUUAACUUUUUACAAGAAAUAUCUCGACUGGUUUUAGAGAAUCUCAAAUAUUCCUGUUUGGUAUUCAGUGUAUAUAGCACAUAGGAGCGAUGAUUGAGACUUUUAGAACGAGUAAAGGUUAUCUUUUUUUCCCACAAAAAGCAACCCCAGCAUGGCAUUCUAACCACUUGCAUGAUAAGUUCUGAUUGUACAAUAAACUGCAAUGUUUCUACAA